AGACUCGGGUAAAAGCAGUGGAGUAAAAAGUAGCACAUUCUCUUCGACCACUCUCGGUGCCAGUAAGCAAUCGGAACGAUGGCAACGCAGUACGUGCUGUUUGCGGUGUUGCUGGUGCCGCUGUGUGUGCUGAUCGGGGGCGCGUACGGUGGUUCCUGCCGGGAGGCCACCCUCUGCUGCAAUGGGCGCGAUUCGUCGUGCGUGGUACAGAAGGCACCGCUGAACGCGAUCAUCGAGGACCUGAACGAUAAGCCGUGCUACUGCGAUCACGCCUGCCUGAAGCUGGGCGACUGCUGCGAGGACUUCAAAUCGCACUGCGGAGUGAUCGACUGCAUCGUCAGUGAAUGGGGCCAAUGGAGCGAAUGUGACACGGCCUGUGGCAACGGUAUGAUGUCGCGCACUCGCAUCAUUGAGCAGAAACCACAAAAUGGUGGCAAACACUGUCCGUCCCUGGUGCAGAAACGUGGCUGCCAGGGCCUGAAAUGUCACAACCAUCACGACCGGAAGGCGCUACGAGAGACUGCACUGCUGCUACCGGCCGCCCUGUCCAAGAGCCGCCACGAGAACGAUACCAGCGACAUUCGGCGAAACCUACGAUUGCGCUACAAGAACGCAUUCAAGCACAACCGAGGAAAUGAGUACUGCGUGGAGUUUGAGGUAAUCAAAGCGACGAAGGCAUGUCACAAGGACAACACCUACCGUGGAUUGGCCGAGGGUGAGCGGGUGAUCGUACGCUGCGACCUGGAAGCGCUGCACGAAGACAAGACGGUCGAUACGCUGUCGAGCAACUCGGUGCAGGACGACGAGGAACCGGAAACGCCCAAGUAUCGCUGCCGGGGUGAUGGAUUGACGGGGCGCAACACACGCUUCACGACGCUCGCCAUGCCGGCCUGCCGGGGCAAGUGGAUGCGCCUUACCGUGGGCCAACCGAAAAAGUGUCCCUCCAGCGACGCUCAGUUCAUUUUCGUCUAAGUGUGCGUUUUAUACUCCAGGUACUCCUCUCUCAUCCUCUCUCUAUCUCUAUUUCACCUGUUUUUCCUAAUACCGUCUUCCCCGGGGAAUUGGACUGGGUUGGAAGACCCAUCACAGUUCGAACGCUCUCGGACAACCCGCUUGUUCUUGCGGGAUAUUGGCACACCCGGCAUGUCACCCGGCGUCAGUGGAACGCCCUACCGUUCUAAGCUUAUCGGCCACUCGACACACUCUUCGAAAUACUACCACUUCAAGCACCACUCUUCGUGGGGUGGCUUCGUUUAUUUACCCCGAUCGGUCCCUUGAGCCUUACCUUUUCCCCUUUGCCCUCGAAUGCAGGAGUAUAAACACAAAAUGCCCAACGUAAAUUGGAAGGCGGUGCGUAUAGGCGUAGAUACUAACACGAUUAAGUAAAUUGUACUUCUCUACCAAUACACACACAUACAGAGACACUCACAACCCCUCACGCAGUACCAGGGGAGCAGACAACACAUUUUAAGGUUAAAAUUUAAUAACAAGGAAAGGGACAACCCAAAAAGAAACACGCACACACAGAUUCGCAAUGCAUUACUUACAGUGUAAAAGAUCGCUAGAAAAGGUGUUCUUUUAAGGAAAUAAAAGAAAGAAUAAAUAAACCGUCUGUGAGGAUUAGUCUAAAAAAAAAAGGAAGAAGAAAUAAAAACGAAAUAGACAGAGCCAGUCAGCCGAUGACGUUGUGAAGCAAAAGCGGCGUAAAUAUUCGUUUGCAUCGCAUCGUACGCUGCACCCUAUCUGUUCGUUUAUUCUUCUUUUUGUUUAAUAGUUUCGUUAAUUCCGUUUUUUUUUUUGUUUAAUUCGACCUUUCUUUCAAUUUAAUUACUAUCAGAACACUUGUAAGAAACCGAAGGCGCAGCAUCAUGGUAAUGAUUCCCUUAUCGAAGCAAAAACAAGAAAAAAAAACAAAAUGAACAUCUACUUAACUGUAAAUAGUAUUUUAUUAGACUAUUUUUAUAUGCCAUUAAGCCGGUUAAAUAAGAAACUGAAGUAUUUAUUAAAAAUAGGAGAAAAAAAACA